AAAAAAUUCAUAGUUUCUAAAUUUCCAAUCAUAUACGUUGAUUAGACAAUCGCUCAAGUCACCAGCCUCGAUAAAAUUCAACAUGUUUUUGUUUUUGCAGGCUUCUAUAUUUAUAACGUGUGAUCUAUAUCGCUUUUAGGAGAUGCAUUUGAUAUUGCAAUUAACAUCUUUACAAAAUGAAAAGAAAAGAUUAACUUUACUUUGCUUAUCACAUAAAAAUAACUCAAAGCCUUUCUAGUUGUCCUAGUAAGCUAUACUUUAAUGCAAAGCAUAUGCUCUCAUCAUGUAUUUUAGAGGAAAACAAUGAGAAAGAAUAUUCCAUUCCACUACGAGAGGUUGUAAGACAUUUCUUAUUUGUUCUUUCAAAUGAUUCUUUUUUAUGAAUCUACUAAAUAGAAAUGGACGAAAUGAGUCAGAAUGAGUCUGCAAGGCUAUUUGAUUACGCUCAUAAUCAAACCCAAACAUGUCAAAAUAAAGCACAACAUCUUCAAUCUAAUUCGAUUUUGAUGUAAACCUCAAUCCGUUCUAAUUUCGUCCGGAUGCCGGCGUAGGCCUAGUCGCGAACAGGCUAAAAAACACGUGUACUUACAGUUGGAUCAAUCAUUGAAGUUUGGUGGCUGAUUUUGGGAGCUGGGGAAGGAGCUGCUACUGCUGCUCGCUCCUCCACCUCCGCUCCGCUCUGCUCUGCUCUUUCUAUAUAAUCAACGACGGUCGAUUCAUAACACAAGCUCAGCUUAGCACUCAACCCUCCCUCACCAAAAAAAUAUCUGUAUUUCUUAAGGAUAUGAAGUUUACCAGUUUAAUCCGGAAUCAAAACGGCUUCCCCAAGAAACUCUCUCAUUUCCCAAUGAAACUUCUGGUCACCACCGCCCAGCUCCCUCUAUAUAAAUCCUCCUCCACCUCCCCUCUUUUUCUCCACUCCAAAUCCCAACCCACAUCCGCCGCGGAAAUCCCUAAUCUCUCCAAUCGCUCCAUGGCGACUUGCGUCGACACUUGCUCCACCACAGCGGGCCGCCGCGACGGCGGCACCCGGCAGCAGCGCACCCGCGACACCAUCGACAACAGGUACGCCCGAUUCUACAAGCCCUGCCCUCUCGUCAGAAAUUUCCAGACCCAGACCCAAUCCCCGACCCUCGAUCGAAUCGAGGAGACGACGGCCGCGGCCGUGGAGGAUCUAUGGGCGAAGAUGCGGGAAGAGGCGAGCCUCGAUGCGGAGCAGGAGCCGAUUCUCUCCGGCUACUACUACACCUCGAUUCUUUCGCAGACAUCGCUCGAGGGCGCGCUGGCGAAUCAUCUGGCCGUGAAAUUGUGCAAUUCCAGCCUCCCGAUCGGAAUCCUGUUCGAUAUCUUCGCCGGGGUGUUGGGCGAGAACCCGGGAGCGGUUCGGGCCGUGAAGGCGGACUUGCGGGCCGUGAAGGAGCGCGACCCGGCCUGCAUCAGCUACGUCCACUGCUUCCUGGGCUUCAAAGGGUUUCUCGCGAUCCAGGCCCACCGGGUGGCCCAUGAGCUCUGGCGGCGGCAGAGGAAGGCCCUGGCGCUCCUGAUUCAGAAUAGGGUUUCCGAGGUUUUCGGGGUCGACAUCCACCCCGGCGCGCGGAUCGGGGAAGGCGUGCUGCUCGAUCACGCCACCGGGGUCGUGAUCGGGGAGACGGCGGAGGUGGGGAACGAUGUUUCGAUUCUGCACGGCGUGACGCUGGGCGGGACCGGGAAGGUGGGCGGGGACCGGCACCCAAAGAUCGGUGACGGGGUGCUGAUCGGGGCCGGGACGUGCGUGUUGGGGAACAUUAGGGUCGGGGCAGGGGCGAAGAUCGGAGCGUGCUCGGUGGUGUUGAAGGAGGUGCCGGCGAGGACGACGGCGGUGGGGAAUCCGGCGAGGUUGAUUGGUGGGAAGGAGAACCCGACGAAGCUUGACAAGAUGCCCAGCUUCACCAUGGACCAUACAUCGCAUAUUGCCGAGUGGUCCGAUUAUGUGAUUUAAAUUGGGAAAAGUUUUUCAUUUUUAUUUUAUUUUGUUUUCUUUGUUGCGGUAGUGAUCGGAACCGAAGUUCUCGCCAUGGGAGGAGCAUCGUGUUCUUGUCUGAUACUUUUUGGGUACAAUAAUGGGGAUGGCGUCGUAGGGUAAAUGUGUGGCCUUCGUUUGCUUGCUUCCUGCUGCUACUUGCGGUAGUAAUAGACAAGACGUGGUAAUGGUACGAGAUUGUGAUUUGUGAGGCACCUGUCGUUGCUUCUAAAUUCAUUGCUCUGGAAAUUCUGUGGUUGUAAAUUGUAAUAUGGAGAAGAUGCUUCUGGUUCUGCUGCAACUGAAAAGAUGCGGGACUUUCCUCUCGAAGGAAUCAAGUUUUGUUAAUUGG